AUGCUGAACUUCUUCCGCAAGAAGGAGGAGCAUCUUGCUCCUCGAGGCGCAAACGGCUCGGAUGACUCGAUCCCUCAGAUGGUGGAGCACCAGGCAUACGAUCUCAGCGAUGCGGCCCAGUCGGCCGGCUCGUACUACUCUGAAAAGUCGCCCGAGGACGACAGCUGGAUCGAUGCUCGCGACGGCUACCAAGUAAUGGCGGCGCACAUUUUCAAGCUGCACAAGCGACGACAAUACUUUUCCGAGGACCUAGUCAUCCCAAGCGGAGUCGCCCUCCGUUUUGCCAAAGGACAGUACAUAGUGUGUCCCGCCGAUGACGAGAGGCUCGAGACCUUCUGCCGCGGAGUGGUCGUCCUCAACUGCGAGGCUGCAAUGACCAUCACAUCUCCAGUGGUCACUGCCAUCUGCACACGCCUGGCUCCCGGAACGGACCAGAUCCCGAUCACUGCGUCUCAACACGUCCAGGUGGUUGAAACGAUGGAACUGCUAGCAGGAGCGCGCAAAGCGCAGAAUGCCUGCUUCGUUCGCCGGAAUAACACCGUGGUCAUCUGGUGCGACCACGUCGAGCAGCUCGGCGAACGUGCUAAAGACCUUGAAGACAAGAUGAUGAAGUUCGUGUGGACCAGUUCCUUCAAGAACAACACCAACAAGCUCAUCCCUGCCUCGAGCAGCUCGAGCAUCGAAGAUUCGGCUAUCCACCAAUUCAAUCAAAGUCAAGCCCGUUUCCGCUCCAUGUCGGUCAGCGAUCACGGCGCUUCCCCCUUCGGUGCCGCUUCGCGCGCCGCUUCCAUCGCUCCGUCGAAUCCUUAUUCCGACUCUCAUGCGGCCAACAUGUCUCCCUCAGGCUCUGACUCCGCCACGCCUACCGGAUUCAACGAGGCCGGUGAUCCGGAGAAGCAAGAGCAGCCCGGAACAGAGGAGAGAACGGUCAACUAUCAAGCACCUCUCCAGCAUGGGCUCGCGGUUGGCCUCGACGUGCUCUUGUGCUUCUUUUUCAUCUCGAAGCUCUUCAAGCUGUGCGUCAUUGAUGGCAACUGGAUGCGGAUGGCGCUGUCUGCGGCUACCAUACCCAUGUUCCCCGUCAUCAUGUUCUUCUGUGACAACGUCAUCGGCGUCGUCUUUCAGCUUCUAGGCCCGAUCCGUCAUCUUCAUCAGAACUCACAGCACUACUCGGGCAAGCCGCCGACGAGGAUCACGGGCCGACUGCCGCACAUCACGAUUCAGAUGCCGGUAUACAAAGAAUCGAUGCAAGGUGUGCUGAUUCCUACAAUCGACUCGGUCAAGAAGGCCAUCAGCACGUACGAGCUUCAAGGCGGCACUGCGUCCAUCAUUGUCUCGGAAGACGGUAUGCAACUCGUUUCGAAGGAGGAGCAGGCUAUUCGACACGAAUUCUACGAGAUCAACAACGUCGGCUGGGUUGCUCGACCCAAGCACGGCACAGACGGCUAUCUUCGCAAAGGUCGCUUCAAGAAGGCGUCGAACCUCAACUUCACCUGCCAGCUCUCGCUCGCGGUCGAGGAGAUGAUGUCUGAAUACCGCCCUCAAACACCUGGUGCCCUGGCAGUGUGGACAGAAGCCGACGAGACCGAACUCUACGACCGCUGCCUGGAAGAGUGUUUGCCCAAGCUUCAUCCUCUCGCGCAAGCCAAAGGCAACAUCCGAUUCGGUGACUUGCUGCUGUUGAUCGAUUCCGAUACUCGUGUUCCAGAGGACUGUCUGCUCGACGCGGCUUCUGAGAUGACCCAGUGUCCCGACGUCGGCGUGCUGCAGCAUUGCUCUGGCGUCAUGCUCGUCACCGACAGCUACUUUGAGCUCGGAAUCGCCUUCUUCACGCGUCUGGUCAACUUUGCCAUCUCGUUUACCGUUGCUGCGGGAGACGUCGCGCCGUUUGUGGGUCACAAUGCGUUUUUGCGCUGGUCUGCGAUGCAGGAGGCGUCGUUCAUCGACCCGGAGGACGGUAUCCGCAAGAUCUGGUCCGAAUCGCACGUCUCUGAAGACUUUGAUAUGGCUUUGCGUCUGCUCAUGUGCGGAUACAUCACCAGGUGGGCCACCUACUCGAACAACGGCUUUGAAGAGGGUGUCUCGCUCACCUGCGACGACGAGCUCAAUAGGUGGCAGAAGUACGCAUUUGGCUGUUCCGAGCUCGUCUUCCACAGGCUUUGGGAGUGGCCCUACCGUGGUCCGCUCACCAAGCUGUUCCGCACCUUCUUGUGGAGCAACUGCUCGCUUCACUACAAAUUUUCUGCCUGCUCCUACAUCUUUUCCUACUACGCUAUCGGCUUGGCAUUCCCUUCUUGCUUUGCUCUCUAUCUGGUCCAAGGGUGGUUCGAUCCGACUUUGUUGCCGAACGCCUUCUUGCCGCCUUUCCAGAUCUGGGUCGCUGUGGUAGUCGUCUUCUCUGCGGGCGGAAACGUGGCUCAGAUCCUUGCGAGAUAUCGUGCCAAAAACGAUACUCUGUUCAAUCUGGUCAAAGAACACCUGCUCUGGAUUCCAUACAUGAUGAUCUUCUUCGGCGGUCUUUCGUACCACGUAUUGACGGCGCUCCUGUCGCAUCCUCUCGGCAUCAACAUGACUUGGGGCGCCACGCUCAAGGAUUUGGAGGACAGCAACUUCUUCAUCGAGGUUCCGCUCAUCUUCAAGAAGUUCUGGAAGGUGCUGCUGCUGUCCAUUGGGUGCAUCGCGGCCAUUGUCGUCUUCCAGCUGCCACACGUCCUGCCGCUCGAGUGGCAGAUCCUUGGCUUCUUCACCUACUGGCCCCUUUUGCUGCUGUGCAUUCUGCACAUUCUCUAUCCGAUUGCUCUCAACCCGGCUCUCCUCCGCUUCUCCUUCUAG